AUGUCUCCAAAGCUUGAUUCCAGCUGGCUUGACGUUGCUGUUGGUGACAAUAAAACCUUCGUUAUCCGAGACCAUGGCCAAUUAGGAUACAUCAUCUCUGGAUUGCCAACCCCGAAGCAACAGAAGCCGAGGCUCUCAGUAUUCCUAGGAGAUCGCACCAAAGAACUUGCUCUCCAAGCGCUUUUCCCUUAUAAUAACAUUCGACGGACUCGAGCCACCGCUAGCAUUGGUUUAAGGAUAGAUAAUCUCUCGGUGGAGACCAAUGAACCUCAUUUAUUUGUUGACGGCGGAGUGGGCCAAUCCAUUGCGAGCUCAUGCAAGGCACAGGCAGCUGCCAGGCCAGUGAUUGAAGACCAUCCAAUUGCGUGGAAAGCUGUGUCAGCACAGGCUGCCGUUGCAACAAUUUUCUCCCGCCUUGUGUUCUUAUUCGCCGACGUUAUUUGUAUUUUUGUCGAUGAUUUUCCUAGCAUCCAAUCAUGUGCGCAAUUCUUGCUUGCGUGUGCGCCCACAAGAUUAGCAUCAUCCCUUCCUGUUGCGGUUCGGCCCAGGGUCAUUGUCGUGUCCGGCAAUAGCUUGGAUCGGGUUAGUGCACAGGUGGAGUUCAACCGUGCGCUACAUGAUGAAAACGGCGGACCUUUCUCUGGAAUAAACUUCAUCUGCGUUGACAGUUCCUCCGAUGUCGGUCUCCGUGAUCGUCUCCGUGCGUCGAUCAGGGGACAGCUGGAGGAUAUGGGGGAGGCUCGGCGCCACAGAACUUUGAUAUCAUCCACCGCGUCCGCGCUGUUGAUGGACCAUUAUCUACCUGGAAGCAUGCUGCUAGAGCCGCGAGCCGUCUUUGGUACUCUCUAUCGCUCCAUCAUUACUCGUGGAAUUCGGGAUUAUAAUGAUCGGGCGAAGUUUGCUAUAGCAGUUGGCGAUCUAGUGGGUCAGGUCGAGUUGGAAUUUGUCAGCCAGUUCUACUCGGUAGUUUCUCAGGGAAGGCGCACCGCAGAUCAUCGUCGGGAUCAGCUACUGGCGAUGAGCCACGAAUUGGGAAAAGUUCAAUCGGCCAAGAUUUGCCUCUACUGCCUCGUUCGCACUGCACAACACUCGCAGGCUUGCCACCACGCGCUCUGUGAUCAAUGUGCGCAGAUAUUUGGAUAUCCGGCGCCAGAUGUUGAAUAUCAGUUCACGGUCUCUACAUGUCUUAUCUGCCUGUCUGGGGGUACAAUGGUCGUCGACGUCCUACCCCCCACCAUGAACCCCACCAUUCUAGCCAUCGAUGGUGGAGGUGUUCGCGGCAGCAUUCCGUUGGAGUACCUUUUGCUGAUUCAAGAAAGCCUUGGGCCUCAGUGCAAGAUACAGGACCUUGUUGAUUUGUCCAUAGGAUCUAGCUCCGGUGGACUAAUUAUUUUGGGGCUGAUGGGCAUGGGAUGGGACUUGUCCACAUGCUCUCAGGUGUUUGAUCGUCUUGCGCGGCGUAUAUUCCGCGAUCGACGGCGGAUGACGCUUUCGAGGAUCUUUCGCUUUAUUCUCGGCCGGGGUUCUUUACUAGGAGGCAUCCUCCAAUGGGUGUCAUGGCUUCUCCAUGACAGUUGUUAUGACCCGAGGAUUUUCGACGCUAGCCUCCAAGAGGCAUUUGGGGAAGCCCAUCGUAUCUUCGACGUAGUCAGUACCGGGCCUGGCUUCUUUUCUCCAGCAAAUCUCCGGGCCAUAGGUUCUUUUCAGGACGGGGGAUUAAAAGAUAAUUUUGCCGCCGGCAUUGCUAGACGAAUUAGCCGCCGAAUCUGGCCGUCUAAGACAGGGGUUGGGAGAUUAGUUUCCCUUGGCACUGGAAAGACAGAAAGUCUCGGCCACCGAUCACCACAUUUUCGUCAUGUCUUUCGGGACGGCUUUCUCCGCAGGGGAUAUGAUGCUCUGAUGUCCAACUUGGACACCGAACCAAAGUGGUUAGAACUGAAAAACCAACUUGAAGACGAUGUAAAGGAUGACUAUCUACGGUUAGAUGUUCACCUGAAAGAUGUUCCGUGCACAAUUGACGACACUAAUGUGAUGGACGACUACCGCAAUCUGGUCAUUGCCCAAGUCGGAGCCGCCCGGCGGGCCAAGGAGGUAGCGACCGCCCUUCUUGUAGCUCGCUUUUAUUUUGAGUUGGAUAGCCUCCCACCGCAGCUGACUCACAACUCAUCAUGUUGGUAUCGCGGCACAAUCCGCUGUAAAGGCCCGGCCAAAAAGAUUUUAGAGGCCCUCCGGCACCUUCACUAUACUGAUACAGAUUUCGUUACCGAUACUGGUUUCCUGGGUCAGUUUGGUGGACUGGAAGACUGCUGUGUCCGGUGUGGGCGGUAUGUCAAGUCUGUCUCUGUUUUCAUUCAUCACCCCAAAGAGCUCUUCAAUAUCUACAUACGGACUGGCCCGCAUAAGCGGUGGAAGAUCAGUGGGUUCCCGGCCAGCAUGGCCUCAUUUAUGGAUACCGAUAAAUUACACCGGGCCUUUGGGCGUCCCAGUCAUGACCGACCCGCUGCAGCCCACUGCACCACCUGUGAAACCUGGGAAGCUCGGUUACAGGGCAAGGGUCGCAAGCGUACAUGUGCAUCGCCGACUGAGGCAUCGGGGAUAAAAAAGGCUCUGCGUCGUGGGGGAUAUCCGGGACUAGUCCGGAAUAAGAACCCAAGGAAGAGCAUUCUCACAUUCAAUUCUGUGGAGGAUCGCUCAUGGCCACCACCUGAUCGGACAUUGGGAUGCCUUAAUCGACCUAUAAGGAGAGUUUACAGUUCCCAGGAGAUCUUGAGGCGUAUAACCGAGGAGGAACGGAAAGAGCUCAUCCAGUUGUUGGUUUAUAUUUCUGAUGUGGCCAAAGGUCCUUCUACAAUAGAGACCAGCCAGACACAGAGGGAGGACGAAAGUGGACAGAACUUAGAUCCCGAGGCUCUUCUAGAGCCUAGGGCAGGCAGCGAAGAUUACGAAUCGGAUUCAGACGAAGAAGAGGAAGAGAAGGAAAUAGAAGGAGAUGAAAAUGAAAAAGAAGGCGGGAGACGAGACAGCAAGAUAGUCGAGAGCGAAGGGGUAGAUUGGUGCAAGGCAUUCACGUGGAAUGAUGCCGCUCAUUGA